AUGAACAACGAAGAGUUGGCAACCUCAAGAUCUCACUGGAGUAAAAUAAAAGGUGCUGUACAAGGUGCUCAUGGUUUUAGAAGCUCAAGAGAAGAAAAGAAAUCAGACAAUAGACUAUUCAUUCGGUUAGAACGAGCUUUAAAAAAUUUCGGAUUGAAUGAUAAUGCCGGAAUAGAAUAUGAUAAUAACCCAAAAGAAUACAAUGUUAUCGUUGCUGGUCCACCUCGUGGUGGAAAAUCAACAUUGAUCGGAAGUCUCUGUGGUCGAGGAAUAAAUGCAACGAAUAUACACUUAGCUUCGCGUCAAAAAGAAGUUAGCUGUUUCGUUAAAACCGAUCAGCACAAAGGUUUUCCUCACAAUGUUAAAUUUUGGAGUACAAUUGGCUUAGACCCUUGGAAUAAAGAUUCCGUUAAAUCAUACAUACAUGAUAUCGUUCAAGUUCAUUCUCCAAUUGUUCUUCUCUUCUGUGCUAGUCCUUUGACUGUCAUCACUAAAGAACAUUUACACUGGUUGAUAGAAAGUUGCAUUGAAGAGAAUAUCUUGUGUACCCUCGUAUGUACCAACAUGCAUGCUAGAGUUCGACGAAAUACUGUUUCACAAACUUUCAAUGAAGUAUUGCAACCUCGUACUGCUAAUAGUUACUCUCUAGUACCAGGAAAUAUUGACUCUGAAAAACCAUACGCAUCGUCAAUAACAUUGUACAAUGAUAGUAAAACGAAUAAGCCAGCGGUCCUCACCUGUCAAGUGAACAGCAUUGAUGAAAGCUCCUCUGAAGGUGGACAUCAGCGUUCUGGUGUGUUCGAACUGAUUCUAGCUUUGAUGGAUUUAUUACCUGAUGAUAAACUAAACGAAAUAAUCUAUAUGGUAUUAAACAAUCGACCGUUUUGGAUGUAUGUUGGUCAGACUUUUUCUCAUGAUUGGAAUGACAAAUUUCUUACCAAUUUCCGUCUUUGGUACGAAAAAUUUGGUUGA